UUUCCCUUUAAAUUAGAUAUCAAUGACGUAAUUUCUGUCAGACUCCCUCACUCUCGCUCUCUCCCUCUCCCUCCCUGACACAGACUCACUAGGAAUUCGACGAGGAUGUGACCUGUGUGGGGCCUUCAGAUUCCUCCUCAGAGCCUCGUUAUAUGGUUGGCUUGUGUACUGCCUUGCCCUGUAGUAAGAGACUGUGAUGUACUGUACUGCCUCCACCACCUCCCUUGACAGCCACAGACACUGCGGGAAACAGACGGACACACUGACAGACAAACAGUCACCAACAGAGAGCGGAUUGUAGAACCCAGCCUGGACACUGCCCCCUCCAGCCCCUUGUUCCCUGGCCCCUGUAGCUUGUGCUUGUGUAGUGUUGUAGGUGGGGAGAGAACCCAUGUCUUCCCCCCCUCCAGUGUAGCCGAGAGAGGGCCACUUGCUGGGGGAUGUUUAGGAAACCUCGGGAGGAAAAACAGAGAAAUGUGAUGGGGCGCACCAGUCGUGUGGUGGUGGCGGGGGCCCGGCAGUGCGGCAAGACCUCCAUACUUGAGAAGGCCAUCUAUGCUAACUCAACAGCUGAGAAGCAGUACAUCCCCACAGUGGAGGACACUUACGUAGGCAUUGUGGAGACAGAACGAGGCACGCGGGAAAAGCUGCGGUUCUAUGACACAGCGGGUCUGGAUGCCCAGCACCGCAGCCUGCCACAGCACUACCACGCCCUGGCUGACGGCUAUGUGCUGGUGUACAGUGUGACAGACAGCCUCUCCUUCCAGCUCCUCACUGACAUGAAGAAGGACAUAGACCGCCACAAGGAGAAAAAAGAUGUCCCCAUCAUCAUCCUGGGCAACAAGAGUGACCUGUCGGGUAGCAGCGGUGCAGUGGACGAGACGACAGCUGAGCGGUGGGCAGCAGGGGAGCGGCUGCGAGUGUGGCAGGUGAACACGGUGGACCGCAACCUGCUGCUGGAGCCAUUCAUGAACCUGGCCUCCCGUCUCAACCCCCAGCCCAACAAGACCUCCUUCCCUCAGCUCCACAUGGGCCGCAAAAACAAGGACUGAGGCGACCAUGGAGGCAAGGGACACAUGGUCUUCAGGGGUCACUUGGACUUUAUUUUCUCAAUUUAUAUUUUGUGCAGGUUGUAUUUAUCUCCCUGUAAUUUACAAUAUUUGCUUUAUCUUCCAAAGUAUUUUUUUUUAUCUUCAGGGAAAUUGAGUAUUAUGUUAUUGGUGGUAUCUUGGUUGUAAUUAUUGGGUUGAAGGACACAGACACUGCAGGCAUGUACAGUACAGCAAUAUUGCUGCUCAUCAUCCCUGAGGGAUUUAGGGUUGUAGCUUGUGAGUGUCCUGUCUUUGGUAACAAAAGGUUGUAUUGGCAGCACCAGUCUGCUGCCACUGUUGCAUUCCAAAACAUAUGAAAUUGUAGGUGAUGUGCCUUUGCAGUGGAUGAUCUGACCACAUAGUACAAGUUGACUUAUUUAUUUUUACACAGGUUCCUUCCUACUAAGUACUCUUAAGUAAUGAAAAAAAUUACGACCAAAUCAGCAAGUUGCCAAAUUCUAUUUAGGUGCCACUUUUGAUAAAUGCACAACUUAUCCACAUUCUGCCAGAAAACUCCAUAUAAAAGUUUAAGCCACACUAUAAAGGUUUAAACCAUUGUCACAAACGCUGGGCACUGUUCCUUGGAAAUAUAUUAGUAAUGUGGAAGUUUAGGCAGAAGUUAGUACCUAUGUAGUGGAUAGUUAACUAAAAAUUAUUCAAUAAAUAUAUCCCUGGUAGGGUGCUAUGUAUCAACAUACAUAUAUACAUACCCUCUAAGAAAGAAAAUGUGCUCAUCAAAUUGUCAUAGGUGCACACAAAUACUGUAUUGCUGGAAGCCAGCAGCUACCUAAGAGGAUGUUCAGAUGUACUGAGAUCCCCGUAGUCUUUCUUGUCAGGAAUCCUUCAUACAACUGUACUGCUUCUAGUACAGAAUUCCCUAGUAGGCCACUCAGCAACCUUCACAUUCCUAGGGUCUCAUCUUCUUGGGUAGAAUUGAAUUGAUCCUUUGGUCAAGUAACCUUUAUGUGUAAUUUGAAAGUAAUAAGUGGGUAAUCCUGGUGAUGUUUCCAAAGCUUGACCUGUCCAAUCUUAAACCUUUGACAACAGAUAGCAUAUGUAUUGUGAUAAUCUGUUGAAUAGUUUUCAAUUCUCCAGCAGUGACUAGCACACACAUUACUGUUUUAAGGUAAAGGAUACUUGACCUAUUUUGUAUUUAUCACAAACAUUUAAGCUAAUAUAAAAUUAUUUCCUUUGAUAAGAAAUUUCAAAGGGACAAUUUUAUUGCAGCCCAUUUAAUGCAUUGCAGCAAAUAAAUGUGAAAAUUUC